ACUUGCCCGAGCUGGGACCCCCUCAAAACUCGAACGCGAUAGUCAAUAAUCGCUGCCGGGCAGCAACACGUCGAGUCAUAUCCAAUUAAUUCGCUUUCAUUGAUGGAGGAGUUCCUGAAUUGUUCAUCCACGGAAAGAACUCAUUGAUACUGAAAUUAAAUUAAAAUUCCCGGAUCAAUUUUUUUCUCUGUUUUACUAAUUUUAUUGGGGACUUCCGGCCACCCGGAAGAGACUUGAAAAUGAUUCGGGUCGACGAGUCUGAUCCAGUUGGCGAAAUUGAGCCACCAUUUCCAUACCGAGAUGUGGUAGUUCGUCGUGUUAACUUCAAAGAUCAUUACGACCUCCAAACAGAACUUGGUCGUGGAAAAUUCGGAACGGUGUAUCAGUGUAAGGAGAAGCAGAGUGGACUGAGACUAGCCGCAAAGAUCGUCAAUACAACAAAGAAGGAAGAUCGUAGGGAUGUUGAGAGAGAGGUGGAGAUAAUGAGAAGACUCCAGCAUCCCCGGCUAAUCCAAUUGUACGACGCUAUUGAUAAUGACAAAAAAUUUUACGUCAUCUUGGAGCUUAUCGAGGGUGGAGAACUCUUUGAACGCGUCAUCGACGAUGAUUUCUAUCUGACUGAGAGGAGCUGCGCGGUCUUCAUGAGACAGAUCUGCGAGGGGAUUGAGUUCGUUCACGCACAGAAUGUUCUUCAUUUGGAUAUGAAGCCGGAGAAUAUUUUGUGCCUGACGAAAGAGGGCAACAGAAUAAAAAUCAUUGAUUUUGGGCUGGCGAGGGAGUAUGAUCCAAAGAAGAAACUUCAGGUGCUGUUUGGCACUCCUGAAUUCGUUUCGCCGGAGGUCGUUAACUUCGACGAGAUUGGCUAUGGAACUGACAUGUGGAGUAUUGGCGUCAUCUGCUAUGUUCUCCUCUCUGGUCUCUCUCCAUUCAUGGGCGACACUGACGUCGAGACAAUGGCAAACGUAACAAUAGCCAAGUACGAUUUCGAUCACGAAGCCUUCGCCGACAUCUCCGAAGACGCCAAAGACUUCAUCAGAUCCCUCCUGAUAAAGGACAAAGAAAAGCGAGCCACAGCGGCUCAAUGCCAGACGCACCCCUGGAUAGUGAACCCGGGUGCAUCAGUUGUCAAGAAGUCGGUGGAGACCAAGGAAGAAGUCAAGGAAGUUGAGAAAAAGAAGAAGAAGAAAAAGAAGAAGAAGCCUGAGGUGAAGGAGAAGCCAGUGAAGGUGAAGCCAACUGUUUUAGACGUGACAAAGGACAACUUGAGACUGUUCGUAGAGCGUUGGAGGGAGCACCCAAACAGUCCCUACAUGCUGGAGCACCUCGACACCCUGGCAUCACUGGACUCUAAUGUCCUCAACAAAGUUGAAUCCAUGUCCCUGAGUGGUCAGAGUCCUUCGCCGCCUCAGAGCAUCUGCAGCAGUGCUUCAGAGGUAUCGGACACCCCUCGAAACACCACAAUAUUGAACAUCCCAACCCUCGGCUUCGAGAGACGCGCCUCAGAGGGAAAUUCCAAGGCGUCAAACUCCCGCGAUCCAGCCGCCCAAAUAGUCCUAGCCGAGGAAAUAAUAAAACUAUCGGAACACCUGCGCUCGAUCGCUGCGUCAUCAUCCACUCAGCGAGAAGAGGAAGUUAAAACGAAACUCGUUGGUGAGAAGAUAAGGAGAGCCGAGGUGCCAUCAGAAAUGAUGAAGACGGUUGAGGAGAAGACGGCGAGUUUCAGCGAAAAAAAAACGAGGGAAAGCAGCGCUGAUGGGCUCAAGUCUAGAUUACUGGAUAGAGAUAGUAAUAGUGAAGUUAAUGAGAUUUCCGAGAAACUAUCGACAAUAACGCGCCAGAGAAAAUUGAAUGGCACGACUUUCAAUGGUAGCAGGCAUUACGAGAGACAGGAGAGUAAUUCGGGUACAUUCACCUUGAAGCGUUCAUCCUCAAGGUUGAAUGAAGCGCUAUUGAGCAGGGAGAACACGAGGAAUGAGGAGGAGAGCAGAACGCCGAGGAGUUGGAGGUCAGACAUGAGGGAUGAACUGCUGGUUUGCGAUAAGGAAAGGGAGAUGACGAGGGAGAAUGGGGAGAUUGACCUGACUCCACCCUGGAGGAAGCCCAGGAUAAAACGCAGGUUUGGGGAGACCUGCAGGGAUGUUCCUAGGAUUUCGAAUCUACGAGAUUUGCACAAGAGUAUUGACUUCGAUGAACCGACCAGUACGAAGGAUCUGUUGCUGCAAUUGCUGGGGGAGUGGGAGGAGAGACCUGGGAGUGGCAAGGGGAGGAAGAGUAUCAGUGUUGAUUGGGUUGAGGACUCGAUUGCCAGGAGGUCUAUCAACUCUCUGGCUGAAUAUUUCCAAUCUGAGCAGAAGAAAUCCAUCAAGACUGCUGUCUCGAACUCAUCGGUCAUCCAUCGUUGAUGAUUCCUAAGUUAUGUUUAAGGAUUGAAUUAUUCUGGUAAUUUCCAUCCGAUGCGACGAGAGAUCUGAGAUACUGUGUCGUGGAUUUGGUUUGGAUUAGGUUAAUAAAUCAGUGAUUUGAAUUGUACUUUGAAUUAUUCCAGCAAGAGGCCCAGCGCCGGUCAGCUUCAGGAGCACCGCUGGCUCGUUGGCGCUCUUGAGAAUCCCAUAUCCAAGGUCAGGCUCAAGAGGUAUGU